AUGUUGUCUGGAGUGAGGACGAGAGCGCAGAAAAGACGAAUGGGGGAGAGAGAUGUGUGGAGUUUGAUCGUGAAUAACGACGAUAUUUGUUUCAAACACAUUCUUCCGAGAUUGAAUGGGACCGAUCUUAAAUUCUUGUACGAGGUGAAUGGUGAGACGAGAGCGUUGGUGAAGAGAUCAUCUCGCGCGGGUGAUUUGAGAAAGGGGCUUAGAGUGUUCGAGAUGUCGUCGAUAUCGACUUUGGAGUUUGCGUGGAAGAAUAAAUCGUUGUGGCCGAGUGACUGGAGCGAAAGAGAUUUCUGCUAUAAAGUUGCUUGGACGAAUAAACUCGAGUUGCUCAAGUGGAUACGAGAGGAGAAAAAGUGUGAGUGGGAUGGAUCGACGAUUGCAACGGCCGCAAAAAAAGGUAAUAUGGAUAUGGUAAAGUAUUGCGUUACAAAUAAGUGUCCUAUUGAUAGGUAUGCGUGUGGGCGUGCUGCCGAAAUCGGUCAUUUCGAGUGCCUCAAAUACUUGCGCGAAGAAGUCAAAGCGCCUUGGGAUUGUAUUACUGCAGCUUGGGCGGCUCAAAAUGGUCAUCUCCACAUACUCGAAUAUCUUGUUGAGCGUAAGUACGAUGAAUAUCACGAAUUUGCGUGUCAGUGGGCGGCCGAGUUCGGCCAAUUAGACUGUUUGAAGUACUUGCGCGAAACCGCCAAAGCGCCUUGGGACAGCUACGCCGUUCGAGUAGCGUACGAGAACGAACACCCCGAGUGUUUACAAUACCUCCUCGACAAUAACUGCCCUCUACCAAACGGUUGGCGAUACGAAGACGGAGUACUACACACGCAAGAGUCGUCGUCGUCGUCAUCAUCAUCAUCAUCAUCGUCAUCAUCAUCAUCGUCGUAG